UCUGCGUUACCUUGAAGACUUAUAAUGCCUCGCUGAGCCAGGCCAGCAACUGAGUGGAGCCAAGCAGAGAGCAUCUAUGGAUGGGCCCCUGGCCGGCGGCCUGGCCGCCCCAGAUCGUCCUCGAGGCCCCGAGAGACUGCCUGGUCCAGCACCAAGGGAGGACAUUGAAGGUGGGGCUGAGGUUGCUGAGGGGGAAGGUUGCAUCUUCCGUUCUACCCAUUACCUGCCUGUCACCAAGGAGGGCCCUCAAGACAUUCUGGAUGGCAGAGGUGGCAUUUCCGAUGGGCAACCCCAUCCCGGCCUCAGCGAAGCCCUCCCCCGUGCCACCUCCGCCACCCAUCGGAUCAGCAGCUGCUGCUGGGAUGGAGGCAGCCUGGACUUCCAGCCGGGCUCCUCACCACCCCAUCUCCUGGGCCACUUCCCUGGCCCCCCCGAUGGCCGGGGGCCCUGGGAGCACCCUCUGGUUCAAGAGGCCAGGGAGGGCAUCCCAUCUGAGCAGAGGUUCGAGGACUCGGUUAUUAUAAGAACUGUGAAGCCCCACACUGAGCUCGAGGGCUCUAGAAGGUUCUUGUACCACCAGGGUGAAUCGAAGCUCUUGGAGAAGGUCCCCCGGGGCCGCCCCAGGUUCGACUGGCUCCAAGACGCAGACGAGCAGGCCCCACUCCAGGACGCAGGGCUGCACCUGGACCUGCCACCCCAGCCGCCACCCCUCACCUCCUUCAGGACGGUGCUCAUGCCAGUGGAAGAUACCACGAAGACAUUGGAUGUGCCAGUGGUGGGCACCAGAGAGCACCUGGUAGACCUGGAGGGGCUGGCCCAGCCUACCGAGUGGAGCCUGCCCAGGUCGGCCUCAGAGGUGGCCACGCAGACCUGGACAGUGAACUCAGAGGCGUCUGUGGAGCGGCUGCAGCCACUGCUGCCCCCUGUCCGGACAAGGCCCUAUCUGUGUGAGCUGCUGGAGGAGGUGGCUGAGGGGAUGGCCAGCCCAGACGAGGAUGAGGACGAGGAGCCAGCCGUGUUCCCAUGCAUUGAAUGCAGCAUCUACUUCAAGCAGAAGGAGCACCUUCUGGAGCAUAUGAGCCAGCACCGCCGAGCCCCGGGCCAGGAGCCCCCAGCUGAUUUGGCCCCGCUGGCCUGUGGCGAGUGUGGCUGGGCCUUCGCUGACCCUGGUGCCCUUGAGCAGCACCGGCAGCUACACCAGGCCUCCCGGGAGAAGAUUAUCGAGGAGAUCCAGAAGCUGAAGCAGGUCCCAGGCGACGAGGGCCGGGAGGCACGGCUGCAGUGCCCCAAGUGCAUCUUUGGCACCAGUUCCUCCAAGGCCUUCGUGCAGCAUGCCAAGCUGCACGUGCGCGAGCCUCAGCGCCAGGCUGCCAAGGAGCCCUUUGGGGGCAGCAGCAGGGCUGGCAGCCCAGGCCCCAAUGCUGCCUCCCUCACCUAUCAGCCCUACAGAGACUCCUCGGGCCUCAGUGCCUGCGUUUUCUGUGGCUUCCCCGCACCCAGUGAGAGCCUGCUCAGGGAGCACAUGCGGCUCGUGCAUGCCCAUCCCCACUGGGAGGAGGAUGGUGAGGAUUUCGAGGAGGACCCUGCCAGCAGGCCGGGCACCAGCCAGGAUGCUUUCACCCGCUUCCCUGAUGCCACCGAGGACUACUUUGGCAAAGCUGAGCCGCUCUUGGCCCCCACGUGGCGGGGGAAUCCUGCUGGAUACGACCCCAGCCUGGCCUUUGGCCCAGGCUGCCAGCAGCUGGGCAUGAGGGAUUUCCCACUGUCAAAGCCACUCCCACACAGCUCAGGCCAGAGGCCCCUGGGGAGGUCAGCCUUUCCCUCGCCACUAGCAUCUGCCCCCUACUCCUUACAGCCCAGGAGAAGCAAGAGUGCCAUCUACCUGCAGGGGCUCCCAGCACAACCAGGGGACCAGAGGCACCCUUGGAGCGAAGAGGAUGAGGAGGAGGACAUACCUCUAGCCUCAGAAGUGGACUUUUCCCCCGAAAGUCGGGUCUUUCCACUGCCAGCCACCCCCGGCCUCAUCCCACAGUCAGCCCUGGAGUUGAAGCAGACAUUCCGAGAAGCCCUGCAGACAGCUGAGGCCUCAUGGGCGCAGCAGCAGCAGCUCUGUGGGAUGGUGCCUGUCGUGCUGGUGGCGAAGCUCAGCCCGCAGGUCAUGGCUGCGGCAGCCAGGGCCCCCCCAAGGCUGCAGCCCGAGGAGCUGGGGCUGGGGGGUGCCCACCCCCUGGACUUCCUGCUCCUGGACACACCGCUGGGUGGCCCUCUGGGGCUGGACCCAUUCCUGGAUGGGGACCCAGCCGUAGCACUGAAGCAUGAGGAGCGGAAAUGCCCCUACUGCCCCGAUCGCUUCCACAAUGGCAUCGGCUUGGCCAACCAUGUGCGAGGCCACCUGAACCGCGUGGGCGUCAGCUACAAUGUGCGGCACUUCAUCUCCGCCGAGGAGGUGAAAGCCAUCGAGCGCAGGUUCUCCUUCCAGAAGAAGAAGAAAAAAGUGGCUAACUUCGACCCGGGCACCUUCAGCCUGAUGCGCUGUGACUUCUGCGGGGCUGGCUUUGACACUCGGGCCGGCCUCUCCAGCCAUGCCCGGGCCCACCUGCGGGAUUUUGGUAUCACCAACUGGGAGCUCACUGUCUCACCCAUCAACAUCCUGCAAGAGCUGCUGGCCACCUCAGCCACUGAGCGGCCCCCCAGCCCCCUGUGCCGUGAGCCCGGGAUGCCGCCCAGUGGCUUCCUGACCUCCCGCCGGCCCCGCUUACCUCUUCCAGUGCCCUUCCCACCCACCUGGGCUGAGGACCCUGGGCCAGCCUACGGAGAUGGCCUGGGUUCUGAGGAAAACGCAAUGGUGGCCAUGGACUUGGGCUCCCCCCCGCUCCCCAAGAAGAGCCUGCCUGUCCCUGGGCCCCUGGAGCAGGUGGCCAAUCGGCUGAGCAGCAAAGUGGUUACAGAGGUUCCUCAUAGCAGUAAGCAGGAGCUGCCGGACCUCAAGGCCCAGAGCCUGACCACCUGUGAGCCCCGGCCGGCCUCCCCAAAGGCACAGUGGCCCCAGUCUGAGGACGAGGGGCCCCUGAACCUCACUUUAGAUAGUGACGGGGGCAGAGAGCUGGACUGCCAGCUGUGCGGUGCCUGGUUUGAGACCCGCAAGGGCCUGUCCAGCCACGCCCGUGCCCACCUGCGCCAUCUGGGCGUCAGCGACCCGGACGCCAAGGGAUCCCCCAUAGACGUGCUCCACGGGCUCAUCAGGAGGGACGGCGUCCAGACCCGCCUCCCACCCAGGCGCCGCGUGCUGGCCCAGCUGGGGCGGCCUCCUCCCGCCUCUGCGGCCCUCUCCUUGCUCCCCCCACAACCGCCGGCCAAGAAGGCCAAGCUGAAGGCCGCGGGUAUGGCCAGCCCCUGGGGGAAGCAGGACCUCUCAGCCGCCGCAGCCGCUGGCAUUUUCUGGGCCUCUGAUGUGGAGCCGUCUCCUCUCAACCUCUCCUCGGGCCCAGAGCCAGCACGUGACAUCCGCUGCGAGUUCUGUGGCGAGUUCUUCGAGAACCGAAAGGGCCUGUCGAGCCAUGCACGCUCUCACCUGCGGCAGAUGGGCGUGACCGAGUGGUACGUCAAUGGCUCGCCCAUCGACACGCUGCGGGAGAUCCUCAAGAGACGGACCCAGUCCCGGCCUGGCGGACCCCCAAACCCGUCAGGGCCUAGUCCCAAAGCCCUGGCCAAGGUGGUGGGCAGCGGAGGUCCUGGCAGCUCGCUGGAAACCCGCAGUCCCGCGGACCUUCACCUCUCACCCCUGGCCAAGAAGUUGCCUCCGCCACCAGGCAGCCCCCUGGGCCACUCACCAACUGCCUCUCCUCCUCCCACGGCCCGGAAGAUGUUCUCAGGCCUCUCCUCACCCUCCCUGCCCAAGAAGCUGAAGCCUGAACAAAUGCGGGUGGAGAUCAAACGGGAGAUGCUGCCGGGGGCCCUUCAUGGGGAGCCACACCCAUCCGAGGGUCCCUGGGUGGCACCUCGGGAAGACAUGACCCCCCUGAACCUGUCAUCCCGGGCAGAGCCAGUGCGUGACAUCCGCUGUGAGUUCUGUGGCGAGUUUUUCGAGAACCGAAAGGGCUUGUCGAGCCAUGCCCGUUCCCACCUGCGGCAGAUGGGCGUGACCGAGUGGUCUGUCAACGGCUCACCCAUCGACACGCUGCGGGAGAUCCUCAAGAAGAAGUCCAAGCCAUGCCUCAUCAAGAAGGAACCACCAGCCGGAGACCUGGCUCCUGCCUUGGCUGAGGAUGGGCCCCCCACGGUGGCCCCUGGGCCCAUGCAGGCCCCCCUGCCACUGGCGCCAAUGGCUGGCCGGCCGGGCAAACCAGGAGCUGGGCCAGCCCAGGUUCCCCGCGAGCUCAGCCUGGCACCCAUCACUGGUGCCAAGCCUUCAGCCACCGGCUACUUGAGCUCAGUGGCAGCCAAGAGGCCCCUGCAGGAGGACCGCCUCCUCCCAGCAGAGGUCAAGGCCAAGACCUACAUCCAGACUGAACUGCCCUUCAAGGCAAAGACCCUCCAUGAGAAGACCUCCCACUCCUCCACUGAGGCCUGCUGCGAGCUGUGUGGCCUUUACUUCGAAAACCGCAAGGCCCUGGCCAGUCACGCACGGGCUCACCUACGGCAGUUCGGCGUGACCGAGUGGUGCGUGAACGGCUCACCCAUCGAGACACUGAGUGAGUGGAUCAAGCACCGGCAGCAGGCACCUGCCAGGGCCCACCCGGCUGCCCCCUGGGUUCUCUGCCGCACAUCUGCCCUUAAGCCACUUUCCCAGCUGCUGUCCCAUUCACUCAUCCAUCCUCCAUCCCACCUGUCCCCAAUGUCCAGGAGGUGUCCAGUCACCAGCUGUCCUGACUUAAAAUUCCCCACAGCAUCUGUCCCUUGUUUGCUGAGGCAGGAACUUCCUCAGGGGCCUUGCCCUCUGGCUUAUCUCCUGUUCCUCUCACCUUUCCCUACCACAGAAUUUGAGCGCCGGCAAGCCCGCCCUCCAGACACCUCUGCGGCCCGGGGCAGUGAGGAGGCCAAUGACCUACAGCAGAAGCUGGAGGAGGUGCGGCAACCUCCGCCCCGGGUCAGGCCUGUCCCCUCCCUGGUGCCCCGGCCCCCCCAGACAUCACUUGUCAAGUUUGUUGGCAACAUCUACACCCUCAAGUGCAGGUUCUGUGAGGUGGAAUUCCAGGGGCCCCUCUCCAUCCAGGAGGAGUGGGUGCGGCACUUACAGCGGCACAUCCUAGAGAUGAAUUUCUCCAAAGUGGACCCUCCGCCUGAGGAGCCUCAGGCCCCACAGGCACAGACAGCGGCGACAGAGGCACCCUAACACAAAAGCAUUCCAGAUCCCCUCUCGUGCCACCUCUUUCUCCUCUUCCUCCUCCCUCUCCUCCCUCUUUCUUUUCCGUUUCCAAAGGAGCAAGCCAAAACCUCAAACCGGCACCUUUCAGGGGCCGGGCACACUACAGCCGGGGCACCGGAAGCCAGCUAGCCACCCUUUCCCUAGCCUGAGGACUCUGGGGCCACACACAGGGCAUCUUCCUUCAGCCCACACCCAUCUGCCCACCCGGUUCAGCAGGGGCAGCAGCCAGGUCUCUGGUGGCAGCCGAUCUGUUCACAGGGGAGGAUGGCCAGCGCUCUCCCACGUCUAGCAGCCAGGCAGGGCUAUGUUUGCCAUCUGUGGCCAUUUGCAAAGCCCCAAGGUCCCCUCCUGUCCCUGUGAAUAUCCUUUCACACACGCACGCACGCAUGCACGCACUCACGUACUUCGUGAGACCCGGGAAUCUGCCCCAGCCCUUCAGUUCCCGAGUCAAACGACGACCACGUCAUGCCACGGUGCUUGCUCAGGGGAAGGCACGCUCCCUAUGCGGCCCGCUGCCAGGGCCUGGGAGCACCCCACUGAGCCCACAAUGCCACGGAAAUCCUUGUUGGCCGCCCCCCAAGAGGGGCCUUCCCUGUCGGGAAGAGCUCAGAGCUGACAGCUGCCUCCUGCCAUGUCAAGGCCCCCCAGAGCCUCGGGGGCUCCGGGGUCUGGGAGGGGGCGGGGGUGGGACUCUCCUCCCCCACCCCCAUCCCCUUCCUUCUUUUCACUGUUGCUUUCUAUGUAUAGCUCCCUAGAACUUUCACUUUUUUAAAAACGCGUUUUGUGUAGAGAAUAAGGAACGUGGAUCUUUUUAUUUUGCAAUCCUGGGCCAGCUAGAAACCGGGAGCUGAUUGACCUUUUAACUUUUUUCAGUGGCCACAUUUUGGUUAUCAAUGUACCUAGAAGUAUGUAAAUUAGAUUAAAUUUCUCUUCUGGAAACACCCCGGGGCAGGCGGCCAGCGUGUGUUUUUCUGUCGAGUGGACAGGCUGGCACUGUCUGUCUGGCAGCCAGGGCUGGGAUAGAGCUGCCUCCGCCAAAAAGCCCCUGGAAGCCCUGGGUUUUCCCGUUGGCCGCCAAGCCCACCAGACCUGUCUGGGGAUGAGCCCACGUUCUCAGCUGUUGGCCCUCGAUGCCAUGGCUGGUAGGGGGCCCUGGCCAGCUGGUGAAGCAGUUCCUGUGAGCUGAGGAGAGGAACCAGGGCCCUGGGCAGCUGGUCUGGGAAGGGAGCCAGGAUUAAGAAGUGAUUGAGGCCGGAAGGGCUCUCCGAGGGCAGGAGCUGUCCAACGAGGGUGUGGGGGACUCGCUGGGGGAGGGUGAAGUACACAGCUGCUGGGAGCCUUCAGAGAGCUGGGACCGGCCUGCCUUCAAGACAUGUGACUUAUCUGGAGAUACAUGCAGCCUGAACAUGACUAACAGGAGGGGAAAAAGAGAGCUGCUGGCUCCUUUUCAAUGUUAUUUAUUUUCUCGUUCUGCAAAUG